AUGCUUUCUUCACUCGUCACCCUCCUACCCCUCCUCGCCCUCGUAUCCGCCACUCCCAUCGCCAAGCGGGACGCAAGCCGGCUCAUCGAGUCGGGGCGUAACGGCGGCUUCUGUCUUUCCGUCGAGGGCGGUCGCGCCGCUGUUGCCGCAGGAAAAGUCACGGACGGUACCCCUGUCGUGACUCUCGGCUGCCAGGCUGCCUCCUUCUGGGACAUCUCCAGGGGCAGCGGAUCUAUCGUUGUCAGCGGCACGAUCUAUGCUUUUGACAUUGGACUUACCCCAGGCAACAACGGCCCGGUCAAGGUCUGGACGUCGUACCCUACCUCUACCCAGCAGACUUGGUACCUCACCGACGACAACCGUAUCGCUCAGACUGGCGGUUUCCAGUGCCUCGACCAAGGCGACAAUGGGCCACAGACGUAUGAGUGUACCACGGGCAAUACCAACCAGGUCUGGAAUGUCAGGUUCAACGACCCCCCGCCCACCCCCUCAGCUUCCGCCUCAUCCUCGGCUUCGGCCUCGGCUUCGAGCACAGUCCCGCCCGUCCCCUUGCCUACCCCUACCGACAUCCUGCCCACCGUCCCCAAGAACCCCUCCAUCGUCAAGGAUAUCGCGGGUCUCGGUCAGCGUCUCCGCCCUCUCGGUCGAGAGGAUCUCUGCGUCACUGUUGCGGGUGGCUACGCGGGUAUUGGUGCCCGAGUAGGCAUCGCUGGGUGCUUCGGAAACGGCGACACCUUCACCGACCUCCAGCUCUUCGAUCUCCCCGCUGAGGGCACUGCCGGUCCCGUCCGUCUCCACAGCCAGCCUCAACUCUGCCUUGACGCCGGUGACAACCCCGCCAACGGUAUCGGCGGCAAGAUCUGGACGUGCUACGAAGGUCUCGCGCAGCAGCAGUGGUUGUUCUCUGGCAGCACGCUCAGGACCGCCAACAACCAAUGCUUUGACGUCGUCAAGGAGUCCGGACCCAACAACCAGAAGCCAUACGGUACACAAGCGGACACUCAGACGUGGGAGUGCUCCACCAACGGUGACCCUUACCAGUCCUUCCACGUCCUGGUCUAG